AAGUUCUGGGGGCGUGCCCAAGUUCUGGGGGUGUGGCCAAGGCUCCGGGUGGCUGGACUCGAGCUGCGGAAGGGAGGAAGCUUGUCCUUCUUUCGGACCGCAUCGAGUCGUUCGUUCAUCGCUCGCUUAACAAAUAGUUCAUGGGGGCUAAGGACAAGACAGCCUGCAAUCCUUACCCUCGAACAGCUUACAGCCUGGUUGUCUGAGGGAGACAGACAAGAAAUAAAUAAGUAAAGUACGUGAUAGGUGGUGACCGGUUAAGCAGUACAGUUCAAGGGCGGUGUGAAGUCUUCGGAGCGCCCAGAGCCUCAGGUGAUGACGUCCGAGUAACCACCGGGCAGGUGCGGAAAAGAGCCGUGGGGAUGGUUGGGGGAGAGACACCCAGACAUAAGAAGGAUGUGGCUUUCCUCUGACGGAAAGAGAAGCCUGAAGUGUUCUAAUCAGGGAAACACAUAUGAAAAGUGUUUUAACUUUGGAAUGUGGAAAAGAAGCAUUGGUUGCAACAGUAUUUAUAAUGGCAAGAAAAAAAAUACUGGAAAAAACGGCGAAGUGCAGCUCCUUUUCUGCCUCCAGGGGGGUCCAGCCCCCCUUAUCACUCACCUGGACCACAGCAGUCCCUUCCAGCUUGCCUUCCUGGCUGCUGCCCUCACCCCUCAGCGUCUGUCUUCUCUGCAGCGGCCACCAGAGGCCACCUGUGGGCACCUGAGCCAGGCCCCACCCUCCUCUGCCCCCAGUAUUCCAGGGCUCCGCCUCCCUCAGGGUGGCCAUCAUGCCAGGGCAGGCGGUCGAGGAGGGGAUGGAGGGCUGGAGCCCGGCCCCACCGCUGUAUGAGGAGUACCGCCCGCCACCUCUGGAUGCCAUUCGCCUGCCCAGGAAUGCGCUGUACCUGCUGCUGGCAGCGCUCCUGGUGGUGGCUGUGGCCUAUGCCAUUGUGGGCCAUCUCAUUAAGGACCUCGCCCACGACCUAGCUGACUGGGCCUUCGGCCCGAAGCCAGACCAGGAGGACGCCCCCCGGGAGCUGCGCUCGAGCCUGGAGGGCGAGGAUCUGGAGGAGCUGGACCUGCAGCUGGCCCUGGCCUGGCGGGGUGAUGAGGACCCCGGAGGGGGUGGCGACACCGCCCCUGCAGAAGCCCCUGCCCCAGCCCCCCGCCGCCCUUCCAUUGCCUUCAAGGACCCACCUGCUCGAAGCUCCUUCUGGAGGCUGGACUGAGCUGGGCCUUGCCCUCUGGCCCAGGACCGGGUUUGAACCCCUUUGGCAGUUGUAUAGACUGGGCUUGUGCAUGCCCAUCCCUUGCUCCACUGAUCUGCCCCAUCUGGGCAGAAAACGUUCUUUUUCUGGGCCGGCAGUUUCCAGCGGUUGAUCACUGGCGCUUUCCACACUCCUGCUCCCCCCAUAGCCCCAGAGCCUGAUUCCACCCAACCUCCGCCAAGAAGAGUUUUUCAGAGAGAAACAAUGGCAACCGAGUGCUUAGUAUGUCCCUGCUGUUGUGCUCAGUGAGCCGUUUCCACGUAUUAUUUCAUUUAAUCCUCACAGGCCAGGACUUUUCGCCCCCAUGUAACAGCUGGGAGCAUGGAGCCACAAAGCCCAGAAAUGACUUGCUUGGAGCAGAGAGAACUUUUUGCAGAAACAGGCCCGUUCUGCCACCUGCCUUCGAACACAGACGCCCCAAGGCGGGGUUCGGGCCCUGCUCUUCCGACCCUGCUCCGCCCCCACCUCCCACCUCCUCCCCAGCUCUGCUGCUCUGCCCUCUGGAUAUGUUGGUCUCUGGGGGUCCUGACUUCCCAGCUAACCUGAGAACUCCCGCAGGACAGUGCCUGAGGCUUCCUCCCUCCGCUCUGAGCUUGGCACAGGACAGGGCACAUGGUAGGCACGACUCGGGCUGUUGAGAUGGCGCGCUUGGGGCAGCCGCCUGAGCUCCAUCGCUCUACUGGAUGGCCCGUUGCGCAAUGUGGAUAGUCAGACCUCAGGGAGGCAGGAGGCCCCGGCUAUGCAUAGGGGCUCCAUAAAGGUGCGUGCAGUGACACCGGCACCCCCCCAGCCCCCGAGGGCCCUGCGGAGCCCCCCACCCUCCACUGGGUCUUCCUGCCACGUGCCUGGGCCAUGGCUGUCCGGUGGCAGCUGGGGUGGGGCGCUCUUUCUCCUGGGCAAGGCUCCCUAUCUAAUCAGCCAGGGACCAAGGUUGACGGACAGGAGAGCCUGGAGCCUGAGUCAUCCACUACCUGGGCCUCUGGCCGGCCAUCAGGGCGUGGCUGGGUUUGGGGAUGGAUAGUGAGCACGUGGCCCAUCGCUUCUUGUCCCUGUGCUCAUCCCAGUAUUGGCGGUGGGUCCCCAGGGGUCCGGGAGCCAGGACGUGGCAGCAUCAGCCGGUGGUGGGGGAGAUCCGGGUUCAGAUCCCAGCUCCAGCUAUUUAUGCGUGACCUCUGUGCUCCUGGCCUCCUUGGGCUUCUCUGCAAAAUGGAGACAGAAACAUUUUGUGGGGUGUUCAGAGAAGGAGACAUAAUGAUGCCUGGCAGGCCUGAGCCCAGGCCCGUCUCUGCCUGGCCCCUGCAGCACGGAGCCUGGGGAACCUGGAGGCUUGGUCCUGGGGCAGGACACAGGCUGGAGGGGCUGGACUCCCCGCGUUAAUUGUUAUACCAGGUCCAGAGUCUGGCCUCUGGGUCUGGACCGGCCCCGCCCCUAGGCCCGGCUGCCACCAUAUCAGGGGCUGGGCAGGGCCUCACCCAGCCAACCUUGACUGUGCACCGCUGCUGGCUCUUCUGUGACCAUGGAGACCCUGGAGGCCCUUCUCCUGCUCAGCGCCCUGCUCCUGUCACCUGCAGAGGCUCAGCAGGCCUCGCAGUACCGCCCGAAGCCCUGGCUGGUGGGCCUGGCUGCUGUCGUCGGAUUCCUGUUCAUCGUCUUUGUCCUCAUGCUGGUCAACCGUGUCUGGUGCUCCAAAG